UUUUAGAUGUGUUUUGUUUCUUCCUUUACUAUGUGAACUGCCUUUAGAUUACUUUUGUUGUGAAUUGAUGCUAUGCAAUUAUAACUGCUUUGACCCACUGGGCUGUAGAGACAGGACCGUUUGGGGUGACAUGUCAUGUUUGGCAUUGGGAUGUUGGCAGAUGUUGGAUUCUUUGGUUCCACUAGUUUGCGAUGUAGAACUUUCAUGGAUUUGGAUUGUCCUGUCACAUCCUAUGGAUACUUGAUCAGAUUGGAAUCUGGAUGGUUUGAGUGCUGUUGGUCUUUAUCCUUGAGCAGUUCCUGAGCAGUUUUUGCAGGGUUGUGGGAUGCUUUUUCCUGCAGAGGGGAGUCCUGUUGCCAUGGAGGGGUUUGCUUGAUCAGGAACAAUCUUUAAAUGCCUGCUACAUGUCAAAAUAACAUCCGCAUGAAUGUCAAGACCAAAGGUUUCUCAGCAGAACACUAUAAAAAGAUGAUCGAUGUUAUUCACUUCAGCUGUCGGAGCGAUAAAGCAAAAUGAGUUAAACAGCAGGCUCAAGUAGUCAGAUCAGUGGCCUUAUGCAGAUGGACUGAGGUAAAGCUGAGUUCUUGCAGAGUCUUUAUCGACUCUUGAAUCCCUGGUUUCUUGGCAUGUGCAACAGCAUGUGUGUGCUUUUACAUGUGCCUGUUUCUCCGUCUCCCAGCAUUCAGCCUGGCCUCGGGAAGAAGGUGAACACCAUUAUCCAUCUUCAAUAUUUAAAGCGAGGUUGGGAGGGGGUGUGUUGUUGCUCGUGGUUGAGGAAGAAGAGCUGACAGCCUCGGGAUAGUCAAGGUCAGGGAAAGAAAGUCAGCAGCAGCAGCAGCAGCAGUGUUUUGUCCUCUCUGAAGAAUCCCCCUGUGAAGGGGUUUACUGCACAUUUAGGAUUUCAGCCUGAACGUGCAGGCAUCACUUGGUUGGCAGCCAGAGGGGGUCUGACUAAAGAGUAAAAGAGAGCACAUUUCCUUUGUGCUACAUAUUUAAUAAGGCUAAGCAUGCGGGGAAUUACUUUCCCUUUAACUCCCACAUUUCCUUUCAGAUUGACCCUUUUACUUGCGCAGCAGCCAACCUUUCAUUUUGCACAUUCCUCUUCACGCAUUAUCGGAAACAUACCCAUUCUAAUGCAGGUCAUAUGCCUGACUUUUCUGCGGUGGUGCCUCGGUCCCUGUCAAUAAUGUGGUUUUGGUUGAGGGGUUUGCAUACUUGGAAUUUAUGGAGAGGUCUGGGUUCAGUAGCCGAGGUCUCCAUGACAUGUUUGUUGUCAUGCUCUGUGAGAGGCUUACUGUGGAGAGUAAGCAUCUUGCACUAAAAGAGCUGCUUAUGAAAGUGCUUUGUGGGAAAGGCUCAAUAUAUCAUAAAUCACAGACUGAAAAAGUACCCAUGAAAAUAACAUUUCCAGUGUGUGUCGAACUGUAACACAUUCCCCAACCAGACAAAAGGACUUGCUUUCUUUACAGGGUCAGGAACUAGAACGAUUUCUCAUGAGAAAAUGAUUUGAUUUAAUGUAAUUGAAGGUCUCCUGCACUAAAAACAAGAUUUACUCCUUAAAUAUUCAGUGAAUAAAGUAAAAAUCUAUAGUUAAAUGGACAAUUCAAUCAGCUUACUUGAUUGGGACUGAUUCAAUUAACAUAAACAGAGGCCAGCUUUACAGUACAAGUAUCAUAAUGUAAUAUAAAUAAUGAAUAUUUUAUACAGGAGGUCCUCGGUUUACGACGUCCCACGUUACAUUUGAACUGAUUACGGGCUGGUCCUCGGUUUAACGAUUUCAUCGUUACAUCAGAACUGGUUCAGUGGAACUAGUUGCCAAGCGGAGUGGAUGAAUACUGUAUGUACGGUAGUCAUGCGGCACUAUAAGACUUUUUCAUUUUCGCCAGUAUUUUUCUAACGAAUUGUGUUUCAGUGUGAGCUAAUGACUGUUUUCCUUACUGUAGUUGUACAAAUAUGUAAACUGGUCAAUAUCAUGAUGCACAUAACAGCUUUGUUUACAUUUUUACCUGAGUUCCGACCUACGGUGAAAAUCGAGGACCCCCUGUAAAGUUAAUGUUCAAAACAAUGCAAUGUUUAAGCUGUUUUCAUACAGUAAUUACAGGAAAUAGCCUGUAUGUGAAAGUUUGAGAGACCUGCUAAUGGUGAUGUGUUUAACCCUCGUGUCGUCCUGCGGGUCAAAUUGACCCGUUUUAAAGUUUGAAAAUGUGGGGAAAAAAAUUUUGCAAAUUUUCAGAAAUUUGGGGAAUUUUUUUGCUAAAUUUUUGGAUUUUUUUUUCAGACAAGGAAACAAUAUUUUUGGUGCCCAUAAAUGAGGACAACAGGAGGGUUAAGGGGAAUGAUUUAGUUGUGCAAGCAGCUACAUAUCUCCAGGGCUGAAAAGUGAAACCAAAGCUGCAAUACCAGAAACUGCAGUUUCUCAAAUGUCCACUUGAGGCUGCUUCCAAAAAGCGAGCCAACCCCCGUAGACCUCAGUGUUAAAAUGCACCAAUUUACAGCAGAAAUAAACAUGUUUACAUCCUGAUACAAAAAGCAAUUUUGGCCUCUAUAGCUAAUUUUGCCAUUCAUAAUACCUGUGCAGAGAGUGAAUAUGUUUAAAAAUGAACCAAGUCAAAUUAUAUUAAGGUGUAAAGUUAUGCAAAGUUAAAGGCAUGGCAGCUUUGAUUGGCCUUUGUUGGACCAACUAAAAUUAAUUUCUUCAACUGGAAUUAAGUUCAUCCAGAUUAAGUUAAGAAGUAAUAUUAAUGCGACUUGUUUAGGUCAGGUGCACUAAGAUCAUUCGAUUCUUCUCAAAUGAACGUUGUUGCAACUUAAUUCUAAAGUUUGAAGUUUUUCCAUCUUAAGUAUACGCUUUAUUCAAACAUAAAACGUAAAACAUGAUUUUUUUUAGUAUACUUGCUGUUCUUUUCUUUUCUUUACUCCUACUUAAAGAAAAUAGUGAUUGAGUUGCAGCACAAAAAUCGGAGGAAACGUGGACAUUAGAUGCACAAUGCUAAAAGAAUCUACUUUUCUCACUUUUGCUGAAAUUAAAACACCAGCUUAAAGUUACAAAAUCUCAAGUUGAUAGAAGCCAGAAAAGUCAACAGCCAUUAUCAAAACAGAAAGAAAAGUAAGAUUCAACCAGAGCCUGAAAGUUUUCAUUCGUCUUUAUAUAUCAUUGAUGCUUUAGUGAUAUAUGAAUGUGAGAUGACACAAACAAAUGGUUAUUUAUUUAUGUAUUUUUUGUAAAACAGCAGCUUACUGGCAAAUUGAAACACUCUGGUCAUCAUUUGAAACUUGAGGAUUUUGUUUGUGGAGCUUACUGAGGACUAAAAGUCUGGAUAUCUCAGCUUCUGCUGCUUCAAUUCUGACCAUUCUCUGAUUAAUCUGUCUGUUGUGAGUCUCAGCUUUAUGACAAUGCAACAUCAAAUCACUGGAGUGUCUCUUUAAGUAGGAUAAACCAACUGCACAUACACACACUGGGAAGUAAGUACUACAUUUACUGAACUACUGUGCAGUUUUGAGGUACUUGCACUUUACUUGAGUAUUUGCAUUUUAUGCUGCUUACACUCUGCUACCUUUCAGAGGGAAGAAAUGUACUUUCCACUUAACCGCACUUAUCUGACAGACACAAUGGAGCAUAAAGCAAGCUUUAAAAACACAACACAUAGACAAAGAGCAGUUAAACCAGCGAUUUUCAAUCAUUUUGGCUUCUUCCAAAAAGCAAAGUGCAGUUCACAUUUCAGAUGUCUCUGAGUUGUUAAUAGCUAUCCACCAACAAGUGAUUUUUCCCUCUAAGCUUCUCAUUUCAAAGAAUAUUCAAAUGAUCCAACAUCCCAGCAACAAUCCGUAACUAAAACAGACUUGUGCAUCUUUUUUCUUCUUUUUUUCCCCAUUAAUGUUUGCUGUCCCCCGCAUAUAAAACAGGAUAUAAAGAGGUUGAAAGUAGCUUCACCUGCAGUAACUACAACAGUAGCCUGCUGCUGACACACUGAUGCUUCACUGUUAAUAAUCUGAUGAUGGCACAUAUGACAAUAUAUCAGUCAGAGACAAAAGCCGGACUUUUGCUGUCCCAUUUUAACUAGAGUUCGCUGCUGUAUACUUUUAUUUAAAUUUGAAUGCAGAUUUUUAAAAUUAUUUCUAUUGCAUUUUUACGUUGCUGUAUUUAACUUACGUAAAUGAUCUGCACACUUCCUCCUCCAUGUUUACUGUAACAUGAAAUCUGACAGCAGUGAAGAAAUGUUAAUUAUGAUGAUGCACUGUGGGAAAUAUGCAGCUUGAGUGCGUCUUUUCGCACACACACCUUCCCUGCUGCCUGUUCCAGGAACCGCGCAGGUAGUUUCCUGCCGGUGAGAAGAAACCAAGCUGCAUUGUGCACAUUCCACUUGUAGCUGGCACUGCUGCACGAGAAUGACAUUCACCUAGACUGGAAUGUCAAGGGUGUGGGGAAAAGAAUUAUGCGUAAAGGCAGAAAGAAGGAAAGGCUUCUGCGGUCAAGUUUGUCCCCAAAGGACCCAAGAAAGUAGCUAAAAAUAAUGCAAAUCAUAUCUUUUCUACUGUGUGUUACGCGUGGAUCAUGAUAAGAAGCAGAGGAUUGUUUGUGACUUGAAAAUCUUGCAGGAAACACAAUAAUCUUCUAUGGAGUGAUGCCUUUUUUGUCGCAUUGUGCCAUUGCAAUGUGUUGCCAAUGCAGCUCCCCUCAAAAGCACACUGCUGGAGUCGAACCAUCUUCUGCCAUAAUCUCCUCUCACAUGCACACGCACACAUGUACAAUACAUUACAUGCAUGUCAUACACCGUGGCGGCCGCUGCAGGGCGCAGUGACGGAGCUGCGCCCCGAAAAAAAAACAGGAGUGGAGACGCGCAGACCGUCUCCAUCCUCCGCAGUCUCCUUCUCAUCCUGGCCGUCACACUCACUCACUCACUCACUCACCCACCGACUGACUGAGCAAACUGAGCUGACAGCAGCAGAUUCUCCAUCAGCACGGGCAGCAGCAGCAUGUGAAUGGCGGCAGAAAGCAGCAGCAGAGUUGUCACAGAGGCGCAGGAGGAGCUCCGAACCUCCGGAGCUGUCACCGCUCACACGCACCGCGGCGCGCAACACACCCGGAGUCACGGCCACGUCCAGCAGUCCCAGCUUUGGGCGCACAGCCCCAACAUCCCCACCACCACCACCACCACCCAGCGGCAGCAGCAGCCUCACAGAGCUCACACGAGGAGCCACAAUCACUUCGGUGCUCCGACGCACGCCAAGUACAGCCUCAGCCUCUCAUCAGCCAUGACCAAAGGGGAGAGAGGAGCGCAGAGCUCCGGGGGGAAACUCAUCAAGCCCAGUGAGCCGCUGUUCCCCAAAACUUCUCACCAGACCGACUUGAGCCAGAAGUUGUCAUUAUGCAGUAAACUGUGUUUUGCCAUCGGCGGUGCACCAAAGGAAGUAGCUGCCAGCGCCACGGCCUUCUUCCUGCAGAUCUACCUGCUCGAUGUGGCCCAGAUCAACGCCUUCCAGGCCUCCAUGGUGCUGUUCAUCGGUAAAGCCUGGGGCGCCGUGACCGACCCCAUCGUCGGCUUCUUCAUUACAAAGAGCAGAUGGACCAAGAUCGGCAGACUCAUGCCCUGGAUGGUGGGCUGCACUCCGUUCCUGGUGGUCUCCUACUUCUACCUCUGGUUCGUUCCUCCCUUCAGCGGCGGCAGGUUCAUCUGGUAUCUGGGCUUCUACUGCCUCUACCAAACCCUCAUCACUUGUUUCCACGUGCCUUACUCUGCUCUCACCAUGUUCCUGAGCACAGAUCAGAAGGAAAGAGACUCGGCCACUGCUUACCGAAUGACGAUGGAGGUUCUGGGGACGCUGGUGGGCGCCGCCAUCCAGGGCCAGAUCGUAGCCAGCGCUCACACUCUGAAGCACUGCCCCACUCACAACAUGUCCGCCGGUUACCCCGGCAACAGCAGCGGGACGGAGGUCGUCAAGAGCCUGGUUCGCUCCCAGGAUUACCUGUCACACGCUAAGGAGGUCUACAUGAUCGCUGCCGGGGUGAUCGGAGGAGUGUUCAUCAUCUGUACCCUGGUGAUGUUUCUGGGAGUCAAAGAGAGAGACGAUCCGUAUGCCCCAAAGACCGAGAAGCAGAUCCCGUUCCACCAGGCCUUCAUCCUGGUGAUGAGACACGGGCCGUACCUCACUCUGACCGCCGCAUUCCUCUUCAUCACCGUCGCCAUUCAGCUGGUUCAGAGCAACUUUGUCCUCUUCUGCACCUACGCUGCCGACCUGAGGGACCACUUCCAGAACAUUGUGCUGACUAUCCUGGUUUCUGCAGUGAUAAGCAUUCCUCUGUGGCAAUGGUUUCUGCAGAGGUUCGGGAAGAAGACGGCUGCUUUUUGUGGCAUCACAUGGAUCAUGCCGUUCACCCUGAUGCUGGUGUUCAUUCCUAACGUGGUGGUGGCGUACGUUGUGGCCGUUUCCUCUGGACUCAGUGUCGCUGCAUCGCUCCUGCUGCCGUGGUCGAUGUUGCCAGAUGUGGUGGAUGACUUCCGGCUGGCCAACCCCUACUGCAAAGGUCACGAAGCCAUCUUCUACUCCUUCUAUGUCUUCUUCACUAAAUUCGCCGCCGGUAUCUCCCUGGGAGUGUCCACGCUCUGCCUGGAGUUUGCAGGCUACGACACCGGCGCCUGCAAGCAGCCCGCUCCGGUGGUUUACACCCUCAAGCUGCUGAUCGGCGCCGCCCCGGUGGCCUUCAUCGUCACCGGGUUAAUGAUCCUCCUCCUCUAUCCCAUCAGCGAAGACGUCCGGCUCAGGAACAAACUGUGCCUGGAGGAGCUACGGAAACAAAGCGUCAGCUCCAGAACUGUGGAAGAUUUGAGUAAUGUGUGACCUGGAUCUUGAAUGGAGUGAAUUUCACAGGAAAAAAAACAAAAAAACAAAGCCACGGAUUCCAGUAAAGCGGCUGGAAGGUUGUUCUUUAGUGUAUAUUACACUGAUUAAAUAGUUAAAUUGUUUUAAUGUAAACAUUUUUUGUUUCAUUUUCACAUGUACUGUAUAGUCAUCUUGGAUAUAUAAAUAUAUAUAAUAAGAUUACCUAAUUUAUAUAAAUGAAUGUAUAUCAUUAUUUGCCGUGUUUAGCUCUACAACACCAUUAUUUAUGAUUCCAAAAAGAUUGAUGAUAGGAAUAAAUGUUGUAGAGGUUGGUUGGUAGACAACAA